AGUGUAAAAGUUUUGCGUGCAGUUUUUCAUUUUCUGUCGCCGCUUGCUAGCCAGGAGGUUUCUUUUCGUAGUUCCGCGCAGGAGGCAAUAUUUUCGGUGGCGAGACAAAAUUUUGUUAAACAAGACGGACCGUAACCGUAAUGACUUAAGUGGACGUGUGUAAAAUGUGAAAAAUAAUCUUAACAGGUAAUUGUGCCGUGCGGGAAAUUUCCUGGAACUCCCUGUCUGAAGUGUGUGACAUUGAGAAGAAGAAGAAAAGCUGAGAGUCAACGCACAAAGCGAAGACAUUUUUGUGCAAUCUUUCUCGGUUGAGGAAACGUUUUCGAUUUUUGCAAAAAUCCCUGCUUGUAAUCGUGUGCGUGUAUGUAAAAAGAAACAAUUGAUAUAAGAAGAAAAAGUGAUUUCCUUUCGUUCGAGCGCGAGCAUUUUCACCUCAUCAUCGUUUUCGUCGUCUUCACCAAAAUAUAUUUUCAUUCAUCAAAGACUAUGUUCAUUCUGGUAAUUUAUGGGUGUGAAGUUGGCCUCUCUACGGAUAAGUGACUUUAAGUGCGAGGUGAAGGUAAUUAGUGAAGAACUCUUGCUUUAGUGAUUACUUUGAAAGUGUAGUGCCGCGUAGGAUAUUUCUUACGGUGUGAAAGAGUCGCACCUCAUCUGGCCUAGCUAGGUUGAGAAAUCAAUCCAACGACUCCGGUGCACUCGUCGAAGAACCGGAAACAGCCGCCGUAGCCGUGGUGGCGGAAGAGGAUAACCCUGGGAGUCCUGGUGCUGGUGGACGAUGCCAAUGUUGUCUCAAUUUCAAAUGAACUUUCGAGCGUUCCUAGUGCUGGCAUCGAAAAUAUGGACCUGCAUCUGCUACAUGUUCAACCGGCAGGUUAGAGCGUUUGUACAGCAUCAACCGGUGAAAUAUGAACUGUUCCCGCUGUCGCCGGUAUCCCGGCACCGGCUCGGGAUGGUCCAGCGCAAAACACUGGUACUGGAUCUGGACGAGACGCUGAUCCAUUCGCAUCACGACGCGAUGCCACGGAACACGGUGAAACCCGGCACGCCGCACGACUUCACCGUGAAAGUUACCAUCGAUCGGCACCCGGUGCGGUUCUUCGUGCACAAACGGCCCCACGUGGACUACUUUUUAGACAUUGUAUCACAAUGGUACGAUCUUGUCGUAUUUACCGCCAGUAUGGAAAUCUACGGCGCUGCUGUCGCCGACAAACUGGACAACGGACGUAACAUCCUGAAACGCCGCUACUACCGGCAGCACUGUACGCCGGAUUUUGGCUCGUACACAAAAGACCUGUCGGCAAUAUGUGGCGAUCUGAAUAGAAUAUUCAUCAUAGACAACUCACCCGGAGCGUAUCGAUGUUUCCCAAACAAUGCAAUACCAAUCAAGUCCUGGUUCUCGGACCCGAUGGACAUAUGCCUGCUGUCGCUGUUACCUCUAUUAGAUGCACUUAGGUUUACCAACGAUGUGCGAUCGGUGCUCUCGCGGAAUCUACACCUCCAUCGUUUGUGGUAGCAGAAUUUAAGUAAUAUUUUAUGGUGCGCUGUGAGACUUCUGAAAUCUUACAAAUAUUCGUUUAUUUUAUUCUAAAGUUACAUCCUACUAUCGGUGAAGCGAAAAUAAAUCAUCGUCGCGAAUGAAACCUGAGCUAAACUAAAGAAUAUAAUAGAGUGGGUAAGCGAAAGAUAAUUAUAAACAAUACCUACAACAGACUUAAUAGAACACGAAGUGUAUUUCUUAGAAUAAGUUAAGUUAUUUAAUAGUACGCCUAUGUAUCUGUUAUACAUUUCGAAUCAUUUGACAUCCGUUUUGUGGAAUUUUUCAAUUUCUGUUUUUUAUUCUCCCAUGUUUAUUUUUUUUUCUUUUUCCUAACUUGGAAUUUAAACUGAAUUCUGUCACGAAGUUUUUUUUAAUCUGCUGAUUUAUGUUUUCUUAAAGACAAAUUAAGUUUAGGACAGUGGAAACUGGCAUAAAUUUGUAGUUUUAGAAAUAGUGAAUUAAAAAAUUCGCUAAUGUGGGAAUGUCAAUGACAUUAUUUGAUAACUUUAGUGUUUGAAUAGCAAGAAUAUAUAAGCGAAGGAGUCAAGUUAACUUAUAUGGUUCGUCUUAGUACCUACUAUUGAAUGCAAGCGUUGCAGUGAAACGUAAACAUCCAGAACUGGAGUUUUCGAUCGUAGCUUGGAACGAUAAUUAAAAAAAGGGUAAUUGAGUUACCUCCUAACAAUUGAACAAAUUUGACAUAGUAAAAAAAUUCUGAUAGCUUUCAGAGGGAUAAAAAAGAAUGAAAGAACUAAUUACACGGAAUACACUCAAUCGAAUAGUUUUUAUUUAAUACUUGUGUAGGAUAAGUCCGGAAAGGACGACUUUUAUUGAUGUUAUACAACAUAAACUACUGUUCAAAAGUUUUCCCUAAUGCCAAUUAUUCCAAUUGAUUAUUGGAUGUAUUCUUCUAAAAAUAAAUUUGUAAACAAAGUAACGAA